GCUUUCUUGUAACACGUGCAAUGGUGCUCAAGAAGAUAGAUAACCGAAUUCGUGUUUUGAUAGAAAAUGGCGUCCAAAAGAGGCACAGGUCUCUAUUUGUCGUUGUUGGUGACAAAGGAAAAGACCAAGUGAGUUAUGAAAUCAAAUUUUUUCUUCUUUUGGGCUUAACAGUCUUUGCAAAACAGUAAACCGUCCACUGCUAACCGGAGCUGCGAGCCAAGUGAAUUUCAUUUUGUUUACAACAGUACUUUUAAGCUUAUUUAGGAUGCCUUAAGAGUGGCAGUUAAGACAGCAGAGCUCCCAUUCAUGAAAAAGCUAUUGACAGUGAACAAAGUAAAACAUGCAGUGGCGGUUUAUGCGCCGAUCAUUUCGAAAGUUCAACAUCCCCCCGGGUAACCCCCGGCAUUUAAACUUUUAAGACAGGAAUGGUCAAUUGCCUUUAUAGUAGCCUAAUGUACAGUGGUCAAGUGCCUGUUGGAAUUUUCUAUUGUUUUUAAGCUCAAAACAAUGACUUAGCUGGACUAAAUACCUUCAAAAUUCCUUCAUUUUACAAAGGAGCUCGAUCUACACGUAUCCUGCUCUGCUACCAAACACUUUCAUGCAGUUAACCCAAAAAUAAUUUUGGCAAAGGUCAGGAGUUAGACUGUCAAUUUAUGUCUGAUCAGAAUGGAUACUAAUAGACCUCUUUCAUGAUGGUGGCCCAUUAAUAUAAUCUUUUAUAUGUAUGAUAGUUACAUGUAGCCUUUCUGACCUUGCUAGCAUGUGCAAAAUACAAAACAAUUCUUACUUUCAAACGAGGUCAGAAAGGCUAAUUAUCUUACCUAUAAAAGAAUAUAUUAAUAGGUUACCAUCAUGAAAGAGAUCUAUACACAAUGAGGCCAAAUCUUUUAAUUUUGACAGUCUUUCUUUAAAAUAUAUGUCGCUGAUGUCUCUGGCUGGUAGCUAAUGUGUUUCAUUUGUUGUCAAUACUUAUUGAAACCACUCUACUAGAACUUAACUUGAAUUUUACAAAUUCCUGUUUAUUUUUUUUUUGUUAGGUUGUCAUUCUUCAUCACAUGCUGUCUAAAGCAACAGUCAAAGCACGACCCACAGUUUUAUGGUGUUAUAAAAAAGAACUGGGAUUUAGUAGGUAUGUGUUUUAUGAAGCAAUGUCAUUAUGGCUUAUAUAAUUUGUAAUAUAAUGGCAAUUGUGAUCAAAAUUAACAAUAAUAGGUAAUUGAGUGAGGUUGAGUGCAAUGUGAAGAAUUAUGCAGAUUGAGGAGACUGUUACAUGUAGGUGGAUAACAGCUUCUGAGAUCAACAUUAUAUUUUUUAUACCGUAUGACAGCCCAAUUCAAGCUUACCUCCUUGCAUGUAGACUUUCUUCAAGGCUUUGGCUUAAGGUUCCAGCAUAUACACAGAUGUUUUUCCCUUGGGGACACUACUCAAAAAAUACAUAACCUGUAUCAAGAAACAUACCCUGCAUAUUCUUGCAUAAUUUUCUUCCGGUAAGUUUUAGUCAGAAAUUGAGCUCAGUAUUUCAUCUUCAGAUAGCUGUGAACACCAUUCUUUCUUUCAGUUUUGCCCAAGCAGCCUCAUUCUCAAACAAAUAUACCAUUGAAUAGAUGGUAUGUUGCUCACAUCUUUCAAAUAAUUUUGGUAACCGCCAGUUCGCUGUGGGAUUAGAGCCAAUCAGAAAUAGCAAAAUAUUAAUUCUUUAGAAAAAGCAAUAAUUGUAUUUAAUGUGUGAUGUUUUAUUGUACCUCAGCCACAGAAAAAAGAGAAUGAAACAACUGCAAAAGAAGAUAAAAAGUGGGACCCUGGAUCUGAAGAAGGAUGAUCCAUUUGAAUUAUUUAUCUCAGCCACUAACAUCCGAUACUGUUACUAUGCUGAAACACACAAGAUUCUUGGUAAUACAUACGGCAUGUGUGUCCUGCAGGUAAUUUUAUACAUGUGUAUGUCCUUAAUACGUGUGCACUGUACCUUUAACCAUACCAUUGAAGGAUCUUUACCACAGUGUAGUUUACUUAAGAAUGCAACCUUUUCAAGUCUCAUAAUUAUUGUUGUCUUGUGGAUUUUACUGUGAAACUCACAAAACUGUAAAGACCAGAAAUAUUUAUGGAGUGUUAUUGUCUUGUGAGAAGUAAACCAAUGAGGGACAGACCAUUAGAAAACUUAUAAGGGGGCGGGGGGGCGGGCGAAGUACAAAAAUAUUCGUGCAAGGGAAAAUUAAAUGAAAAAAAAUUCUUGCACGCCAAUUAAUCCUAAAAAAUAUUCAUGCUAUGGCCUAAAAAAAUUCAUACAAGGAAUGUGAUAAUGAAAAAAAAUUCCUGCGGUUUGAAAAUUCCCCUCCCCCCCUAUAACUUUUCUAAUGCUCUGUCCCUAAGGCAUAUAGAACCUCUCGUGGCAAAGCUAGAGGCGUACUGUGCCCCAAAGAAGAACGUCACGCAUCUAACGCUAUCUUUUCUUCUCGCACACAAAACGGACGACCUAUCGACGCCGUUACCGAUCUCCGCACAAAAGCCAAAACCUGCGAGUUUGGAACACUCAACGAUAGUCUAAUAAAGGACAGAAUCGUGUGGGAAUCGACAGCCAGAGUGUAAGGGAGCGACUCUUACGCAACAACGAGCUCACUCUAGAAGUAGCCAUAAAUACCGUGACGAGCCGCAGAGGCGAGUAAAACUCAAAUGGAGUCCCUUAACAGCUUGGAAGCAGCAGCCGUAAACUUAGUCACAAAGCACCAAAAACAGCCACCAAGAUAUCAGCCUAUGAAGAAAAGGCAGCAGAAACAACAGCACCAGCAAAUAAAACCGUGUGGUGGUUGUGGUUACAUCCACAAGCCAAAACAAUGCAGGGCGUUUGGACAAACAUGUCACAAAUGUCAAGGAGAGAUCACUUAGCCCAUAUGUGCCGCACAAAAGGCGCAAAUACUGGCCACAAAACACUCAAUGAAGUCGAACAGCAGUCAGACACUGACUCAGGCGAGGAUCUAUUCCUUGGAGAAUUAGAUUAGUCACAAAAUGACAAAAAAGAACUGUUCACGAAAUUAACCGUGAAUGAGGAAGAGAUCAGCUUCAAAAUUGAUACAGGCGCACAGUGCAAUGUCAUUCCCGAACACGCCUAUGAAAAACUGAGCAAGAAGCCAAGCCUACAGCCUACUAACGUUAAGAUAACUGCAUAUGGUGGGGUGCGUGUGCGAUCAAAGGAACAUGCACAAUGACAAUCAAGAAAAACAGCAAAAACCUUGAUGCCAAAUUCUUUAUUGUCGCCGUUGAAAAAGGCUCAACCCUUAAUUGGCCUUCAAACUUGCCGAGAUCUGGAACUGAUAAACAUUAACAACGAUGUUAAUGAAGUCAAAACAAGUGGAACAGAAAUUCUCGACGAAUUUAAAGAUGUCUUCACGGACUUGGUUUAGUCAACGGAGAAUUUCACAUCGAGCUUCGAGAAGACGCAAGGCCUACAAUCCAACCGUCACGGAAAAUUCCUCUGAGCCUGAUGCGAAACUACAGAAAACACUAGAGAAACUGACAGAAAUGGAAGUAAUCAGCAAAGUUGAAAAAGCAACUGACUGGGUCAACAGCCUAGUCAUCGUGGAAAAAAAAGACGGCUCAUUGAGACUUUGUUUAGAUCCGAAAGAUUUGAACAGAGCAAUCAAGCGUGAACAUUAUAAGCCGCCGACAGCGAAACCAUUUCUAGUAAGCUCAAUGGGAAGCGUGUUUUUACGGUAAUUGACAUGAGUAACUGCUACUGGCACAAAAAGUUGGAUGAAGAAUCAUCCUAUUUGUGCACAUUCAACACGCCUUUUCGGCAGAUACAAGUUUAACAGAAUGCCGUUUGGUAUCUGUGUAGCGAGUGACGCCGCUCAGAGAAUGGUGGAUGAAAACUUCAGCGACAUUCCAGGAGUUCUCGCAGUGCACGAUGACAUUAUCAUCGCCGGAAAGGACACUACGGAACACGACCUAGCUCUCAAACAAGCGCUGGAACGCGCAAGAUCACGCAACAUAAAGUUUAACCGCAGCAAAGUACAGCUACGCGUCAACCAAGUGAAGUAUCUUGGUGAUAUCGUGACCGCCGAUGGAUUCAAGCCAGAUCCCGAGAAGAUAAAAGCAAUUGUGGAAAUGCCAGAACCACAAUGUAAGCAAGAUUUGCAACGCCUACUUGGCAUGGUCAACUAUCUGUCGCAGUACAUACCAAACAUGUCAGAAAUCACAGCCCCCCUACGCAACUUGUUGAAAAAGAACAUGCAAUGGGUGUGGUAUGACGAACAUCGAUCCGCGAUAGAUAAGCUGAAACAUGCACUCACGAACACUCCCGUUCUGCAGUAUUUCAACCAAGACAAGCCAACUACAAUCCAAACCGAAUUCUCGGGGGUGUCUGAGAUAAUGGCUUUCUCAUUAUCGCCUCAAGUGGUUUGUGGUCACUUUGCACAAUUAUGUCAUUGCCGUAGACAAAUUGGUGAAAUCGCUCGCACGCAAAUACAAUAGCCAAUAGUUCUUUCUCGAUUUGAGCAUAGUUCUGUUCGGCAUUCGUCAGCGAUCUUGACGCCAGAAUCACGGGGUGUCCUUCUUGCAGGAGGCAACUUCCGAUUCCACUUUGCGGCGUCGGUUUGGAUUGUAGUUGGCUUGUCUUGGUUGAAAUACUGCAGAACGGGAGUGUUCGUGAGUGCAUGUUUCAGCUUAUCUAUCGCGGAUCGAUGUUCGCCAUACCACACCCAUUGCAUGUUCUUUUUCAACAAGUUGCGUAGGGGCUGUGAUUUCUGACAUGUUUGGUAUGUACUGCGACAGAUAGUUGACCAUGCCAAGUAGGCGUUGCAAAAUCUUGCUUACAUUGUGGUUCUGGCAUUUCCACAAUUGCUUUUAUCUUCUCGGGAUCUGGCUUGAAUCCAUCGGCGGUCACGAUAUCACCAAGAUACUUCACUUGGUUGACGCCAGUAGCUGUACUUUGCUGCGGUUAAACUUUAUGUUAUGCGUGAUCUUGCGCUGCAGCGCUUUGUUUGAGAGCCAGGUCGUGUUCCGCAGUGUCCUUUCCGGCGAUGAUAAUGUCAUCGCACACUGCGAGAACUCCUGGAAUGUCGCUGAAGUUUUCAUCCACCAUUCUCUGAGCGACGCCACUCGCCACACAGAUACCAAACGGCAUUCUGUUAAACUUGUAUCUGCCGAAAGGCGUGUUGAAUGUGCACAAAUAGGAUGAUUCUUCAUCCAACUUUUUGUGCCAGUAGCAGUUACUCAUGUCAAUUACCGUAAAAACACGCUUUCCCAUUGAGCUUACUAGAAAUGGUUUCGCUGUCGGCGGCUUAUAAUGUUCACGCUUGAUUGCUCUGUUCAAAUCUUUCGGAUCUAAACAAAGUCUCAAUGAGCCGCCUUUUUUUUUCCACGAUGACUAGGCUGUUGACCCAGUCAGUUGCUUUUUCAACUUUGCUGAUUACUUCCAUUUCUGUCAGCUUCUCUAGUGUUUUCUGUAGUUUCGCAUCAGGCUCAGAGGAAUUUUCCGUGACGGUUGGAUUGUAGGCCUUAUGCCUUCUCGAAGCUCGAUGUGAAAUUCUCCGUUGACUAAACCAAGUCCGUGAAGACAUCUUUAAAUUCGCCGAGAAUUUCUGUUCCACUUGUUUUGACUUCAUUAACAUCGUUGUUAAUGUUUAUCAGUUCCAGAUCUCGCAAGUUUGAAGGCCAAUUAAGGGUUGAGCCUUUUCAACGGCGACAAUAAAGAAUUUGGCAUCAAGGUUUUUGCUGUUUUUCUUGAUUGUCAUUGUGCAUGUUCCUUUGAUCGGCACACGCAUACCCCACCAUAUGCAGUUAUCUUAACGUUAGUAGGCUGUAGGCUUGGCUUCUUGCUCAGUUUUUCAUAGGCGUGUUCGGGAAUGACAUUGCACUGUGCGCCUGUAUCAAUUUUGAAGCUGAUCUCUUCCUCAUUCACGGUUAAUUUUGUGAACAGUUCGUUUUUGUCAUUUUGUGACGAAUCUAAUUCUCCAAGGAAUAGAUCCUCAUCUGAGUCAGUGUCUGACUGCUGUUCGACUUCAUUGAGUGUUUUGUGGCCAGUAUUUGCGCCUUUUGUGCGGCACAUAUGGGCGAAGUGAUCUCUCCCUUGACAUUUGUGACAUGUUUGUCCAAACGCCCUGCAUUGUUUUGGCUUGUGGAUGUAACCACAACGACCACACGGUUUUAUUUGCUGGUGCUGUUGUUUCUGCUGCCUUUUCUUCAUAGGCUGAUAUCUUGGUGGCUGUUUUUGGUUCUUUGUGACGAAGUUUACGGCUGCUGCUUCCAAGCUGUUAAGGGACUCCAUUUGAGUUUUACUCGCCUCUGCGGCUCGUCACGGUAUUUAUGGCUACUUCUAGAGUGAGCUCGUUGUUGCGUAAGAGUCGCCCCCUUACACUCUGGCUGUCGAUUCCACACACCAUUCUGUCCUUUAUUAGACUAUCGUUGAGUGUUCCAAACUCGCAGGUUUUGGCUUUUGUGCGGAGAUCGGUAACGGCGGCGUCGAUAGGUCGUCCGUUUUGCGUGCACGAGAAGAAAAGAUAGCGUCAGACGCGACGCUCUUCUUUGGGGCACAGUACCUCUAGCUUUGCCACGAGAGGUUCUAUCUUAUUCUCCUCGGCUUCUGUAAAUGUAAAAGUGUCGAUACUUCGAGUGCCUCUUCUCCUAUGGUGUGUAGUAAGACUGCACACUGUGUUUCUUCGUCUUUUGAGUCUACUCCACUCGCUUUCGCAUAGAGGACCCACCUCUGUUUCCAUUUUCGCCAGUUUUCUGCGACGUUGCCGUCCAUUCGUAGAGGUCCAAUGGGCUUCAUGUGUUCCAUGAUUGGCCACUUCUGACACCUGCAAGAAGGUGAUUCCUGCAAGAAGGACUGACUGCAAGAAGGACUUGAUUCCUGCAAGAAGGACACCCCGUGAUUUACGCGUCAAGAUCGCUGACGAAUGCCGAACAGAACUAUGCUCAAAUCGAGAAAGAACUAUUGGCUAUUGUAUUUGCGUGCGAGCGAUUUCACCAAUUUGUCUACGGCAAUGACAUAAUUGUGCAAAGUGACCACAAACCACUUGAGGCGAUAAUGAGAAAGCCAUUAUCUCAGACACCCCCGAGAAUUCAACGAUUGCUAAUCAGGCUUCAAAAGUACAAUUUGACAGUUCAUUUUGUACCGAAAACUGAUGUUCAUUGCAGACACUCUAUCAAGAGCGUAUUUAAAUGAGACUGUUGAGGGUCCCCAAGACCUCAAUGAUGACAUCAAGUGAUGAUCCACAGUUUCAUCACCGAAAUCCCAGCGAGUCCAGAAAAGUUGACACAGCUGAAAAAUGAAACCGCCAAAGAUGCAACACUUCAGGCGCUGAAAGCUCAAAUACAAAAAGGUUUCCCACCCCAUAGAAAAGCCUUGAGACCAAUCCUCUCGCCAUACUGGAUUGUCAGAGAUGAGCUAAGUGAAGCCGACGGUCUUCUAUUCAAAGGAAGACAGCUUCUCAUUCCAAAAGCCAUGCAGCACAGCGCCCUGGAAAUGAUACAUGAAAGCCAUCUUGGAAUUGAAAAGUGUAAAAAGCACGAGCAAGAGCCAUUGUUUAUUGGCCUGGAAUGUCACGCGACAUCCAUGAUACUGUUGUCAAGUGCCCGACAUGCUUGACACACAGACACAAGAACCAGAAGGAACCAAUGAUUCCCCAUGCCAUACCAGAUCGUCCAUGGCAAAAGCUCGAUCCGAUGUGUUUGAACACAAAGGAAAACCGUACCUAGUAGUGGUGGACUACUACCCAAGUACAUCGAAACUAGCCUAAUGCGUGACAAAACCGCGGGAACCAUUGUCACGCACAUGAAGUCAAUCUUCGCUAGACACGGCAUCCCUGAAGAGCUCGUAUCAGACAACAUGCCUUACAACAGUAAAGAGUUCAAACGAUUCGCAGACGACUGGGGAUUUGAACUGAUCACCUCAAGCCCCACAUAUCCGCAGUCUAAUGGCCUCAGUGAGAAAGCAGUACAAACCGUUAAGCGAAUACUAAAGAAAGCAAGCGACCCAUACAUCGGCCUGAUGGAGUACAGAAAUACUCCAGUGACAGGAAUGACAUAUUCGCCAUCCCAGCUUCUCAUGAGUCGCACCACCAGAACCAAGAUCCCUGUAACACAAGCGCUCCUGAAACCAAAGAUUGCUACUGAGGUCAAACAACAACUGUUAGCCUGUCAACAUCAGCAAGUGCACUAUUACAAUCAAGGAGCAAAGCCCUUGACAGAUCUCAAACCACAGGAAGCUGUCCGUCUACGCCAAGGAAAGACCUGGGUACCUGCCGUAGUAAACGAGAAAGCAGAAACCCCGAGAUCCUAUUUAGUCACAACUACGACCGGACAACAAUAUCGCCGGAAUCGCAAGGAUCUGCUACAAACUGGAGAAAACCCUCCUGUAAUAUCAGUCCCGCAAGACAACGACUUUAAUUACACUACAGAAACUCAGAAAACCUCAGCAACCCCCAACAAAGAACAACACCCUGUACAACCUCCUGAACAACAGCAACCCAACAACCCAGAAUCGACGACACCACCUAGACGCUCCUCGCGAAUCACUACUCUUCCCUUUAAAUUCAAGGACUAUGUCAUGAAUUUCUAAGAACUGAACACUGAAAAUUAGAACAUUGAACUUUUGUCAUACCGGAAGUGUCAUUGCUAUUAUUCGAUUAUUUUUUUUUAAUGAUAGUGUUUGAUUUCAUUCUCAAAAAGGGAGAUGUAAUAAUAAUACUGAUUAUGCUACAGUUGACUGACAUGUAAUCCUACCCCCUGGAAUGUGCUAUAUAUAUCAACCGCAUUCCGUACCAAGAUGAGAGAUCAAUAAACCUUCGAGCCAGUCAACCCUUGUUAUGUUUCUUAGUUAAAACCCUGAACCCGUUCAUCUAAGCAAAGCUUAUUACAGGCAUGAGAUAACUGAACCGCAGACAGCAACGGUAAUUAAUUUGUGGUUUUGAGGUUUGCUUGCGUAUCCAGAACAUUAUUCUGAUUGGCCAGUACACAAUCAACAUUCCUGAAAAAUUUCAGUUGUUCACGGUUUUCUGAGUUUUUCAGCAAAAGUACAUGUAGUAAUGUAUUGUCAGUACCUUAAAUCAAUCAAUCAAUCAAUCAAUCAAGCAAACAACCAACUGAGCAUGCAAGUGCUUGUAAAAUUCAUUUCAAUUAUGCCAUUCUAAACUACAAGUCAGGGUUCCAUUUAAACUACAAUAGCUCUGCUAAAUUGGAUGCUCCUGGAUAAAUAUUGAUUUAAAUAAAUAAAAAUAAAAUAAAAGAACAUUCUACACUUGUACAUGUACAUGUAAUACCACCUAAAUUUGUAAAUUUACCUUCAUGGUGCUAUAAGGGGAUGUGCCACUCAACAGGGAGUGCUUUUGGCCUCUCUGACUUUGGAAAAGGGUAUAAAAUACUAAAAUAAUACUUAACUUGAAAUCUGUUUGUAACAGGGUCAAUGCCCUUUUCAUUCUUCAUUUUUUGCCAUAGGUUUUUUGUUAAUUAUAAAACAGCUCAGGUGAUCAUCCUUUCUUUACGCGAUGUGUACCAUGUAUAUUUCAUGAUUCAUUCCAAAAAUUUCGCUGUUUCUGAUUGGCUCCAAUCUCCCGAAUUAUUCUUCAUAACCAUCUGGUGCUUAUCAUAUCUGGAAAAUGUGAGCAAUAAUUUAUUAUACCAUUGAUUCCAUGGUAUAAAUAAAUUAUGAUAUACCAUCAUGAUGCAACAACCUCAUUUCCAGGUGCAGUAGCCCUGAGUGAAUUAAAAAGGAAAAUAGUGUUCAUGGCUAUUUGAAGAUGAAAUUGCUGGAUUUAAUUCUAACAAACUUAAUUGGAGAUAAUGUAAAAUAUAUCGCUCCAAGGAUGUUAUCCGCUUUUUGAGAGUAUCUGCAAAAGCAAAACAUCUGUUUAUAUCCUGAAACCGUGCUGAGAAAUAGUCCAAAGUUUUAAAGAACGUCUACAACAGGGUAAGCUUGUUACACCCUUAGAAAUAUUUUGAAUCAAUGAUGAUAAAACAAUCAUUGAAUUCUGCUUUCGUGUGAUGUGAAGAAUUAGUGCAGUCUUGGAGGAUCUGCAUAAUUAUUCACAUCCUACUCAGCUUAAUUCAGUAAUUGCUAAACCUCCUAAUAUUAAAUUAAGUAAAAUUCCUUCACAGGUUGAACAAGUAUUUAACCUCUUCUGGUUACAGUGUAGCUUGUUGCUAGUGUUGUAGCCCUUGUAACCUAGAGGUUGAAUACUGACUUAACCUGAGAAUGAAUUUUACCUUUUUAAUGGCUUCAUCAUUACACAUGUACAUGCAGACCUGUAAUUUGUUUUCUUAAAGAAAUGAUAAUGAUUAUAUCUUUGAAUUUUUUAAAUGAUCUCAAGGAUUUUGAAGCUCUCACACCAAAUCUUUUGGCUAGAACAGUAGAGACAGUAGAGGGAGGUGGGCUUGUUAUUCUUCUACUCAGAACAAUGACCUCUCUGAAGCAGUUAUACACAAUGACAAUGGCAAGUAGCAUAUUACUGUACAUAAUAUUGCAUUUGUUUAUUUUCAUGCCUACUUUGCAUUUUCCUCUUAGCAUAUGUCCGUUUCCUCACUCAGCUUUCUUGGUCACUUAGUUUUUUCUUAAUCAACCACUUGUAAAACGUCAUUCUUCAUUCUUCAUUCCUCAAUAUUCAUUCACUUUUACCACUUUUUCUUAUUACCAGUGUGUGUAAAUUUGUCUCUCAAGCCACCCUUAAAGUUGGCUUCAUUGGUUAAGCUCUGCUGAGUGGGAGGCCGUUGGUUCUAACUCCGUGAGACCAACACUCAGGAUUUUUCAUAACUGAGCAGAAAGUGCUGCCUUUGUAAAGACAUUAGCAAAAUGCAUAGAUUUUCUAGGCUUCUUGGAUAUUAGGGAUGAUAAAUCAUAGGCCCCAUCUCACAACCCCUGCACAUACACUGUCCCACACACUGUUUGUAAAGAGUAGGGGAAGUACAUGUAGUCCCCGGUACGUGGUCUGGUGUAUCUAUCAAGUGGGGUAGGGACUUAUGGGCCUGCAGUAGUUGACUUCACGUGCUGUUGCAGUGACCCUGCCAAGAAUUGGUGAUCCUACAUGUAAGUCAAUAAUAAAUAAAAUUAAGAAAGAUACGUCAUCAACAAUGAACAACUACCAACUGCAUAUUUUUAUUUUUAGGAUGUGCAUUCCAGAUACCGGACAGAAUCCCAUCAGGAUGUUGUGGGAAGAUUUAAUGAAAGGUUUGUUACCAUAAUUUGUUCAUUAAUUUUUGAUAACGCAUUUGAAAAGCUAGAAAUAUUUUCUCAUGUACAUCAUUAUGAACCAAUUUUGUUUAUUGAUAUGAGUAGAUAUUGUAAUCCUGUUUUCACAUUUUUGUGAUACAGUAGGUAAGGUUUUAGGUGGCUGCAAUUGGAUUUUUCAGGGCCAAUACCUUCCACGUUUGAGCAUUAAAUAUGUCACAAUUAACUUUUAUGGUUUGUCAAAUACAAAAGACUACAAGUAUUGACAGGAAAACCCUUAACAGGAACUACUUCCCUCACUGAAGGCUACAAUAAAUAAAAAUCAAACACCUUAUAAAAUCAUAAAUAAUUGAUCGUACUACGUAAAAAUUAUCUUUGCAAAACAGCAACACGACACUGAGAGAACUCAAAACAGAGUGGGAUUGUAGCCAUAGCAGGAUGGAUUCAAUACAAUAAUAGUGGAACAGCUGUCUAUGGCUGCAAUCCCGCUCUGUUUUGAGUUCUUUUGGUGUCAUGUUAGUGUGUUUCAGAGAUAGUUUUCAUGUAUUUCGAUCAGCAUUGCAGUAUUCUGCUUGCAGAAUUUACUAUGUCUACAUAUUACUAGGGAUAUUUGUUUUCCGUGUAGGGGAACACAUAUCACUCGGGAUGUCUGCUUCCCAGGUAUAGAAACAGAUGUCACUAAGAAUAUGUGUUUCCCAGGUAGGGGAACACAUAUCAGUGGGGGUAUACAUGUAUGUGUUUCUCGGGGGUGUUUUCCUGUUAGGGGAACACAUAAUUAUCACUAGGGAUUUGUGUUUCCCUGUUAGUGGAACACAUGUUACUUAAGGGAUAUGUGUUUCCCUAGUAGGGUAACACAUAUCACUAGGGAUAUGUGUUUUCCAGGUAGGGGAACACAUAUCACUAGGGAUUUGUGUUUCCCUGGUUGGGGAACACAUAUCACUAUUGAUAUGUGUUUCCCUGUUAGGGGAGCACAUAUCACUGGGGAUAUGUGUUUCCCUGGUAGGGGAACACAUAUCACUAGGAAUUUGUGUUUCCCUGUUAGGGGAACACAUAUCACUGGGGAUAUGUGUUUCCCGGGUAGGGGAACACAUAUCACAAGGGAUAUAUGUGUUUCCCAGGUAGGGGAACACAUAUCACUAGGGAUAUGCUUUUCUCUGGUAGGGAAAUGGGAUUUUCUUUUGAUGUCUUUUUCAAUUUUUUUGUCUGAUUUCUUGUCCCAUUUUUUUCUGAUUUCAUGUCUGAGUUGAUGUGCGAUUUUCUUGUCCGAUCUUUUGUCCGAUCCUUUUUUCCGAUAUAUUGUCUGAUUUUCGUGCGCGAUUUUGUCCUUUUUUUUGUCUGAUUUUUUUUUGCUAUUUUUUUGUGUUAUCUUUUGCCCGAUUUUCUUUGCGAUCUCUUGUCCGACAUCUUUUCCGAUUUUUUUCGAUUUUCUUGAAUCAAUGUCGGAUUUUAUAUCCGAUUUGAUGUCCGAUUUUGUAUCCAGACAAAACAUUGGACAAAAGAUCGGACAUGAUGUCAUUUCCAAUGUUAUCUCCGAUUUGAUAUCGGAUGUCCGAUUUGUUGUUCGAUGGCCGAUUUCAUGUUCGAUUGAUCUCCAAUUUAAAAUCCGAUUUGUCGGGACAACGUAUCGGACCUCAAAUCACACUAGAAAAUCAGACAAAAAAAAAGCAAAAAAAAUCAGCCAUAAAAUCGGACAAAAGAUCCAACAUGAACACAGACUAAAGGUCGGACAUGAAAUCGGAAAAAAAAAUUUGGACGACAAAUCGGACAUGUCAUAACAGUCAUAACGCAAUAAACAUUCCUGAGAUAAUUAUUUUGACUGUAAUUUCUGACAAAAAAUAGUUACAUUGUGGCUUUUUUCUCGCAAGUUUGCCUGUCUAGCAAUUUAUUAUACGGGCGGUAAUGUCAUUCUAAAAAGUUUUUAGAAUGUCUGGCUUGUUUUAAAGAAACUAUUUAAUAUUAUUACUCUACAUGUGCACACUGUAACAACAAAAGAAAGAUCUCUGCCAGUCAUUGUUAUUGUUGCGUAGCUGUGUCCAGAGGACAUUUCAUUUCUACAUGUCCUUUUUGUGUGAGAAAUAACAGUUAUGUUAAUUUUUUAAAUUAUUUUUUGCUGCAUCAAACAGAUUUAUAUUAUCACUGACAUCAUGCAAGAACUGUAUGGUGAUUGAUGAUCAGCUCAACAUUUUACCUGUCUCUUCACAUACUCUGACAAUUACUGCACUUCCACCUAAAUCAAAGGUAUUUCUUGUUUUCUGUUAUUUUCCCCAUUAGAUGUUGGUUAAACUAAAACUAGUUAAUUUGGAACACCAACCAACCUGUCUUCAAAAGUCCAUUACAGUGUACAUGUAAUUUCUUGUCAAUGAAAAGUUAUGCAUGAAAAACACUCAAUUCGAGUACUUAGGUCCGAGACUCUGGAGCAAGAUACCAAGCAAGGACAGAUCGGCUGCCAGUCUUAAGCAGUUUAAGACCCAGAUACGCAGUCUUGAUUUAAGUAACAUUUUAGAUGGAUAUAUGGAUUACGCUUUUAAUUACAAGAUUUUAGAAUUUUGGUAAUUCUAAACAGAGUUUUUGUAGAAUGUAUGUUAGUGAGUUAUCAUUAGUAGUUUCUAAUUCUAACUCUUAGUAGAUUCUAGUUUCGACUCUAUAUCAAGCGGUUUUGCAUUUUUAGAUUGUCUUUUAGCAAGUUAGGUGUCCCCUAUUAGCAGUGGCGAAUCCCCUCUGCUAGAUUUUUGCUUGACACGUUAAUAAAGUCAUCAUUGUUUAUUAAUGAUUUCCAAUCAAAUCGGUGAGAGUAAUAAUACAUGUAAGAUUAGAGUUCUCAAUUUCUGAUGGAACCUCAGAUGGCUCAAGCUCACCUUUACAAUCCUUAGUGAAGGGGAGCAUGGAAUAACACCCUACAUGUAGGUGACUCCUGAUCUUGUAUGAAAUUCUCUCUUUUGAUUCCCUAGAACAUGCAACUUAAGACUGUAACGAGAAUCUGUUAGUUUAUCCAAAGUCACUUGUGGUUUUAUCACCCCAGCUUUCAAAUGAUAAGCUUGCUCACAGGUGUAAUCAGCUGCCAUAUUACACCCACUUGCCUCAUUAUUGCUUCCACGUGGUUUUUUUUCGGGUGGGGGGUGUACAAGGACACACCAGGAAUCUUCAGAACAGGCUCAGAAGCUCAUACUCUGCCCGCUAAAUGUAUUUUGUUUGCAAUGUGUUCCAAAAUUGUUCAUACAGUACAGGACAUACUGUACAUGUAACAAAAUGUACUGCAGACUCUUCAUUCUACAGUUGUACUAACCUUUGCGUGGCUGGCUCAGUCGGGAGAGCACUGGUCUGCUGAGUGGGGGGGUCGCAAGUUCAAACCCCCAGGCUGGACCAACACUCAGGGUCUUUAAAUAACUGAGAAGAAAGUGCUGCCUUUGUAAUGACAGCUGCAAAUGGUUAGACUUGCUAGUCUUCUCAGAGAAGGGUGAAAAUCCGUACGUCCUGUCUCAUCGCACUUUCACUUCUCUGCUCCAGAAGAGUAGGGGAUGUAGACCCCGGUGGUGUGGCCAAACUUUCCUGGGCUGUGUGGGUUAUCUGUAAAGAGAGAUCAUAAAAUAAGGAUAAACUCUUGAUCUUCCUUCAGGUGUCAUAAUGGCUACCUGUAAGCAUUGUAUAUAUUAUGUAUACUACAUUAAUUUUAUACUGUUUUCAUACGUGAAUCGGUGAUAGUUGUGGAUGAUAAGUAUUGAUUUUGUGUAGAAAUCACUAGUCUUAUUCUCUGUUUUCAGUGGAGCCAUCGGGGGGGGGGGAGGUGUCUACGGGGCCCACCCUCUCAUCCAGAAAUUUUGUGGAUUGUAUUUUUAGCUACUCCCGGGACAAGCUGUCCCAGCUUGAGGCUUAGUCCGGUGAUCAAUCUUUUUUCCAAUACCUUAAUACAAUUUUUAUUGGGGAUGAAUAUAAAUGUUGUUGAAUAGAUCGCUGUACACUGUACUGUGCUCUGCCAAUAUUAUUCUUACAGCUGAGCAGCUUCACUACAUGUAGUUCAUGCAUGCUACUGUAGGCAAGAACUUUUAUUUGAAGCGCAGUUCUAGCACUGGGAGUUGUUCAGGUUAUGGUCACCUGUCGUUGUAACUCUCUUUCUACUUCUUUUACAUGUAGGAAGAGUCUAUGACAGCAAAUGAAGUUGAACUAAAGAGUUUGAAGGAAUCCUUGCAAGACACACAACCUGUUGGAGCCAUUAUCAGCUGCUGUCGCACUCUUGACCAGGUUAUUGUUAACAUUAGUUAUCAGUGAACAAUAGUUUUAUUCAUGAGUGUAAGAUUAGCUUGCAUGGAAAAAAUCUCCUUCCUUCUUGUUGAGUCUAUCUCUAAGUGUACAGCUGUAAGUAUUUGCAUUUUACUUCAGUUUCAUGGUCCUGUUCCUUAAAAGUUGGUUACUUUUGACCCCAGUUUAAGGCAAAUCAUAUGCAAAGUUUUUUCUCUGAAAAAAUCAUUAACUCUUAGAUGCAGCUUUGAUAACAGAACAAUUCUUUUAACAAUCAGUUGGAAUACAUGUAUUAUGAAUCGCAAAGUCAUUGUGAAAAUAGUCAAUUUUCCAAAUUUUGCAGUUUUCGCAAGGCCAUCGCGAAAAGUCGUUAAUUUUGUAACUUUUGUAGUUUUCGCAAGGUCAUCAAGAAAAAUCAUUAAUUUUGCAAAUUUUGCAGUUUUUGCAAGGGCCAUUGCGAAAAAUUGCUCAUUUUAUAAAUUUCGUAGCAGAGUUCAAUUCUGGACAUAAGUGGUACGGUGUGCAUGUAUGUUCAAACCUCCUGAAUAUAAUCAUCAGAGACAGACUCAGUGCCUGCAUAUUUAUUAAACACUGAUCAUGUCAAUGUGGGAACGUUUUUGUGAAGUUUCUUAUCUUCGGGACAAAGAGAUAGAUAGGUGUCUGGAAGGAAAGGAUUACAUAAUUUCCUCCCUGAGUGGGAUUUUGUGUGAUUUCUGUUCCAUGAAAGGAAUAUAUGCUACAUGUAGUUUCUUUAGCCAGACUUGUCCAACUAGGACAUCAUUUGCAUGAUUACUCCACCAAUAUGUACUGCACAUGUAAACCUGGGUUGGAAGCAUCAAUUUGACUUACUAAUGAUCAUGGAAACAAAUUGCUGUUACCGAGACUCAGCCUAAAAUGCCCAUAGUAGAGAGAAGUCGUUACAUCACAUUGCCAUGGUAGCAAAAUUUCUUGAUGACAACAAACCGAAACUGUCACUUAAAAAGUGAAUUUGCACUGUUUCACACUUCAUCGAUCUCAUUCAAUUUUAUUUCAUUUGUCAAAUACUGUGAAAUAUUCUGGGGUGGAAUCCGAAAGGACCGUAUUUAAGUGUGUAAAAAGAAAAAGGAAAGUUUUGUGUUGUGUUCACCUACUCCAUAAAGCUCUGCUGACGUGUAAAAUUAGGACGUUUCAUGUCGCAGUCGUGCAACGACGGCUAAGAAAUGUACAAAAAAUCGUGAUGCACGUGCAAAGUUGUUGCUUUGCGUAUACAGCUAUUUCGAAAAAGGUUGUCGGAAAAAGUGCACGCGACAAUCCCGAAAGGUAUUGUGGGUGGCUUUGAGGGCACUGUUCUUCAAAGAAAUUUGAAAGAAUGGUACGGGAGGCCACGGACAUAUGUUUGCGAGUACUAAAGGAAAGCAACAAAAGUAGGUUCGACAGCUUCAGUCGUUACGAACAGUGUAUUAAUCAUAUCCCAUAUUACCUUUCGGGAUUGUCGAGUGCGCAUUUCUUCCGACAACCUUUCUCAAAAUAGCUGUAUAAAUCUAUUGCUUUUUGCCGUUCUCGUUGUCGUUGCCCUCGUCAUUGCUUAAGCUUCCUAUUCUGGUGAUCCAAAAAUUUUGCUACCAUGGUAGCAUGUUGUCACACUUCUCCUUUCUAUUGCGAUUAAAUUUAAAUGCCCAGUACACUUUGUAUACAUGUACUCCUGUAGCUGUGAUGGCUUACUAUAUGUUUCUGGUCUUUUAAGGCCAAAGCUGUCCUCAAAUUUGUGGAAGCCAUAUCAGAGAAAACUCUACGGAGUACUGUGACCUUGACUGCUGCACGAGGGCGUGGAAAAUCAGCUGCUUUGGGACUAGCACUAGCCUCUGCUGUUGCAUUUGGGUAGGUAAUAAAGUACACAAUCGAAGUAGCAUGUCGUAUGCUGCAGAUCUGAGAUCUGAAGAGGCUGUUUGGGGGAGGAGCUGGGCUCAUUUCCUGAACAGCAGUUGGUAAUCGAGCUUAACCAUAGCUCAUUAGGAUUUCAUCCACAGAUUUAAAAUUAAGAGUGGCAAAUUAAUGAUCUUGCCAUAACUUGGUCUAGAAGGGGGAGGGAGUGGGGGAGAGAAGGGUAAAAUAUUCUUUUUCCUUGUUUAGCUGAUUAUUCCACGUUAUAAUUCAUUCAAAUUAUAUCUCCGUUUCUGAUUGGCUCAAAUCUCCUAGCCUACGUGUAGCCGCACCCCGUGGGAAGGGUGCGGCUACACGUAGGCUAAAAUCUCCCGGCUAAUUCUUCACAACCGAACUUGCUCGGGAUUGUUAGCCUGCGUCGUAGACGUAAUCUAACUCCCGGGUCACUAACGUCUGCGAAGCAGCGCUGAUUUCCUAGUUCUGGGCCUCCAACGGUCUUAACGAAUUACCGGAACUACCGCGCGGAUGUACGUUUCGAAUUUUCCUUCAACCCGAUUGGCAAAUCGACGAUGGCAUUUUUAACAGGCCAAUCAUGGCGCGUAUUUAAAUCCUGGUACACAGGUGGGACCCAGAACAAGGAUUUUAGCGCUGUUUCGCAGACGAACUUAACCAGAGUUUAGUUUCCUCUGUGACGCAUGCUAAGGACUGUUAGAUUGUAGCCUAUCGGCAGGUUAGGGACGUGUAUUAAGGUCCCCAAGAAUACCUAUAUCUCGUGUUUUUUUUUUACGUGUAGGUACUCCAACAUGUUUGUCACCUCACCAAGUCCUGAAAAUUUAAAUACACUGUUUGAGUUUGUUUUCAAAGGAUUUGAUGCAUUGGAGUUUCAGGUUUGUAAUCCAGCAAAAAUUCCGUGAGUGAUCUGUAAAAUGGCAUUGAGAUCGUGAGUGAAAGCGAAAUAGGCUUCACUAGUACCGAUUUAUACGCUUGAGCGAAGGGAGACGAGGUAGAGGAAACUUUUUUUACAGUCAAGCCAAUUGAAGUGUAUCCCCUAAGAUUCUUUUAAUGAAUUUAUUAUUCGAAAGUUGAAUCUGUUAGUAGUUGUGGAUUGCAGAUUCAUCUCUGCAUUCUUGCAUGCGUAAUGAGCCGUGAAUUCACUCGCGAGGCAGUCAGGAAAUUUCUACCAGCUCAGCUUCCCUGAAUUUUAUGGAAAUGUCUUCUAAGAAAUGUAAUCCAUUGAAAGAUGUUCAAUCUGACCAAAUACAGAAGAGUUGUCGUAAAAUAUUCACAGCUUAUUACACAUGCAGGAAUGGCGAUUUGACUUUGACACUAGUUACGGGAACGACUAACUGAUUCAUUUUUCAAACUGUUUUUUAAGUGAUCGAAAUUUUUGUGCAGUUUCACUUCUUGGGUUCUUAUGGAAAGGACUUUGUAACGAAAUGACCGGUUUCCCUUCCAGGGCGUGAGAAAAGGUGCUGUCCAAUAGGCUGGGGCUAGUGGAGCGUCCCUAGCCUCCCACUCAGACGUUCAUAGGGGUUUGUCGCGCGUUCCUGCCCCGCUAGUGGGGCAGGAACGCGUUAUGAACCUCUAAGAACGUCUGCGUGGGAGGCUAGAGCGUCCCUUGAGGCUGGCAUGUUGUUAUUACGAGUUAUUCAACUGGCAAGUGACAUUUGUGGAGAUAAAAUACUUUCAAGUGAUUGAGGGGGCGGGCAUAGGCCUGCAUGACCUAAUUGUAGGCCUGGGGUAGUAGACUUCAGCAACACCUUGCUUAAAAGGCAAGCGAUUUUUCCCAGUUUUUAUCUCACCCUGAGAUUCCAUAAGGAAUGUGAGUUAACCGUCUGGCCAACAUGCCACCACAAUAAUUAUAGGUUUGUUCCUAUAGCAGCUGCUAAUAAGUGAUGUCGGGUUUGUGUAAUGCAUUUGAGUAUGAUCGAUCUGUAUCUUUGUAAGUGUCUCGGAUCUUCAUUACUACUUUCCAGAAGAAAAAAAAAAAAAGAAAAAACGGGCAACGUCGCAAAUCAGUCCCUCUUGCAACAAUGUUGCAAAACAAGUUGCACGUUGUCGUUGCCCGUUUUGCCAUAGCGUUACCACCGACGUACACUUCUCAAAACAAUAACUUGGUUAUAUUCUAGGAACAUCUAGAUUAUGAGCUGGUGCAGUCAACUAAUCCUGAAUUCAACAAAGCAGUUGUUAGAGUGAAUAUCUUUAGAGAACACAGGCAAACAAUUCAGGUAGAUGUUCUUUCUUGUUUUACUGGUACAUGGACCUACAACUAAACAUACGUUAUCGCAAAAAUCUCGCGGAGCAAAAAAGGGUCAGAGAGAAAGUAAACGGGGACAAGCCGAAGGGUAAAAAUACGAUGAAAGAAAAAAGAUGAAAGUAGCCACCCCGGGAUUUGAACCUGCACCCCAACUUCCACCGGCGCAAAAAGUGAAGCCUCAUGCCACAUGGGUACACAGGGGACACAAGGGACACAGGGGACACAAAGGGAAACAGGGGAUACAGGGGACACAAGGGGACACAGGGAGACACAAGGGACACAGGGAACACAAGGAGACACAGGGAACAUAAGGGACACAGGGGACACAGUUGGACAGAGUGGUCACAGGGGGGCACAGGGGACACAAGGGGACACAAAAGGACACAAGAGACACAUGAGGACACAAGGUACACAAGGGGACACAGGGGACACAGGAGACACAGGGGGACACAGGGGACACAAGGGACAGAAUUGGGCACAGGGGACACCAAGGGACACAAAGGAUACAAUUGGACACGAGACACAAUUGGACACAUGGGACACUGGAGGGCACAGGGGACACAAUGGGACACGGGGGACACAGAAAUAAUGCCAUUUCGCAUUAUUUCCGUGUUAUUCACUCUCGGACUUUUCUUUGAGAUUAACCGCAAUUUCACAAUAGCAAUGCUUACGUUACAUAUGGUAAUAACCUCAAGCGAAGUUCUGAGUCUCUCUACUUUUUUGACCCCUCCAAAUCAAUAACAAAUAUCAACUCUCCUUUUAUAGUACAUUCACCCAUCUGAUGCGCACAAGCUUGGUCAAGCGGAAUUAGUGGUGGUUGACGAGGCUGCUGCUAUACCUUUGCCCCUGGUCAAAGAUCUCAUGGGUCCUUAUCUUGUCUUUCUCUCGUCAACUGUCAACGGGUAAGGUUGAAAUUUGUGCUGAAAUAAAGGGAAUUUCAAAGUAACUUUCUUUCCAGCUGCAGUCAAACCUCCACCUACGGUCACCUCUCCACAACUGGCAAUUUUUUUCUGCGGACAGUCUAUAAAUUGACUCUUGUUUCAACUUCUCUACAACGGCUACUUUCUUCUGUCCCCAAGGUGGCCGUUGUGGAGGGGUUCAACUGUAAAGGUUUUUAUAGCUUUCCGAAUGCUGAUUCAUCGAGUGGAGGUACAGUCCCGUUACCUUUGUUAAGUUUGCUUAAGGAACAGUGCAAUUCAACUCGGAACUGGGUUGAAGGAAAUAAGGAAGGCGUCGUCCAAGAAAUUUCUAGCCAAAGGAAAAUUUGAACUACAACAUAUGCGUUUAGGUGGAAGUCUUCGUUACUUUAAAUUUUUCAGAUAUUUGCAAUAUUGUUUGAUAAUACAGCAAAGCAUUAUUUUGUCCACGUGUUCAACCGGAUGUUACUAAAACGGAGAACGGGGAAGUGAAAAAUGGGAACAGAACAGAGAAUUGAAAAUAAAGUGACUGAUAGGGCUAGGCUUUAAGUUCGGUUUUGAUCCUUUUUUUUCAUUUUUCCGUUCGUUUGUUUGCUUCCUGUUCCCCAGCCGGUUCCCUGAACUCAGAUAGUGGGGAAGACGCAAAGUGAAAGGCGCGCGAAAAGUUGGCGGGGCGCCCUUCCUCUCCCCACUUUCCUCGCGUUUUUUUUUUAAUUUUAUGUUCGCGUUUCAGCGGACUCGACUAUCUCGGAGCCCGGAACACCUACCCGUUGCCCGUUUACCAUUUUGGUAACAUCCCUGUUGCCGAACGGAAAUUAUAAGAGUGGUGGGUUCCCUGUAGUAGUUUCUAUGGCGCUUUGGAUGAAAGCAAAUCUGAUAGUAGAUUUUCCCACCUAGGUAUGAAGGAACUGGCAGAUCUUUGUCUUUAAAACUCAUCCAGCAGCUGCGAGAACAGAGUGCACCCUUAGGCUCGUCAUCAUCAUCAUCGCAAUCUGCAAACAAAGGAAGCAGUUCCACUCCUCUGGGCCGUACUCUUAAUGAGAUAACACUGAAUGAGUCAAUCCGGUAUGCUCCAGGAGAUGAGGUGGAGAGAUGGUUAAAUCACUUACUGUGCUUGGAUGCUACUGUGGUACAGAAACUUACUUCAGGAUGUCCACUGCCUGAAAACUGUGAUCUGUAUCCUUUUGGCGUUCCAUGAUGGUGUUAUUAUUUUUAUUUUUUAACUGUAUAAUUGGGCAUAUUUAGUUAGCGUAGCAAUUUCUGAUAGAACGAGGAAUUUUCAUGGUAGAUAUGUUCUUUUGCAAGUGCUAUUUAUAUUAGAGUGUAAUCGAAAUUGCUAUAACCCUUUCUGUGCACUAAUAAGAUGUAGUUUCUCCAGUUGUAGGACUCGUAUGACUCAUACCGCUCGAAAAGCCCCUCUCAGAAAUCUGCUCUCAAUUUCUAAGUGUCGCUAAGUAGAUGCAAUUUCACCAGUUGUACAAUUCAUACGAGUCGUACUACUCAAAAGGCCCCCCCCUCGACAAUUUUGCUCUCAGUUCUUCAAAGUGUCGCUAAUAAGAUGCCAUUUCACCAGUUGCGCGAAUUUUACGAGCCGUACCACCGGAAAAGGGCCGCGUCUCUACCUUCACCAUAUGAACUAAUCGCACAAUUUGACGACUCGUACCACUUGAAUCUUAACUUUUACGACUUGAACAAGUGGACAUGAGUGUUACAUUAGCCACGAGUGUUCUCUAGAUAGAGAACGCGCGAGCUUGAGUCUCCUUUCGCGCGUGGCGCUCGCUCUUAAUUUUUCACGAUAUCCCCCGAAUGGAGAGCUUGGUCGCAGGUUAUGUUGACAUCAGAGUGUUUCUUAAGUUGCAAUUAUUAAAUAUGAACGAGGAGAAGUCGAUGUUGACUCGAAAUGAGUAUCCCUAACGCGGUUUAUUUUCUCAAGCCGGAAACAUAAGCUCGAACUCUCCCCAACAUUGGAAAGUUUCGUGUCAUAACAUUAACAAAAUUUUCUAAUCUGAAUGGCUCUGAGCAGCCUGUUUUUAAUAUCAAUAGGACAGUGUAGUGGGAUUAUUCACGUCAUUGCUAAGUUAUUGAACGAUAUACGUCAUCACGCUGGCUGUAAUAGUACAGUUGUCAUCAAUGGAUUUCUUUUCUUCCUGCAUCUAGCAAAAGACUAAGGGCGAUAUUUUUCUUUCAUCAGCUAUCCCUUGUCUAAAUUUAUUUACAACCGUUUUUGAGAUGACUUUUUUUUAUACAUGACCUUAAUGGCAUCCUUCAGAUAUUAUGUCAACCGGGACACUCUUUUCUCGUAUCACAAAGCAUCUGAAGUUUUCUUACAGAGAUUGAUGGCUCUCUAUGUAGCUUCACAUUACAAGGUAGUUACUGCAAAGUUGUGUGUAAACUCAUAGGACAACUCAUCCCCACGUCAAGGCUCACUUCGUGAAACUCAUCGGUUCUUUGUUUAUUUAGGCCCGAUUUCCGCCGCUCUCCCUGACUCGUCCCCGGUCGUCUUCGCAUAACGCGCGCGGCGUCACUCUGCGCGCCACUACACCCCACCCAGACCCUUGUUUUCACUAAAACCGCUGGGCGCCAACCCGGUUGAGGUCAUUGUUAUCUAAGGUUUUCCAGUAAUCGAGCCUAUGGUUUGUCACGGUAGUGUAGCAACUGGCUUAUUAGUCUUCCUAUCUGGAGGCCAGUAUUUAAGCCCUGGCCAUGAAAAUGGUACUGUUUGCUUGGACACUGCUCCACUCUGACACACCCCUCACACGUGCGCGAUCUAUUCACGUGUGUGAAUGGUCACGCGUAUGUGUAGUCGACUCGUCGUAUACUGAAAAAUUCUUGAAACCAACUCUUCUUACUGCGCUCGUAGAAUUUUAUUACUUCUUUUUAUCGUGUAUUUUUCUAGAACACUCCAAACGACCUGCAGCUAUUAUCUGAUGCGCCUGCGCAUCACAUCUUUUGCCUGCUGGGACCUGUUGACCCAGCACAGAAUAUCUUACCUGAAGUUUUCUGUGUGCUGCAGGUAUGUGACUUUGUUAACCACGUAUAUCAGAGGCGGUUUUCAUUGUACUGAUUUUUGGUGAUGGUGCGGAGGUGAAAGUGAUGGAAGCUGUAGAAGUCAUGUGCUUGAAGGCGGUAAUGGUUGUGGUACAAAUGGCGCAUUCACCUAAUGAUGUAAUAAAGAUUGAACUGUAUAAUACGGACGCUUUAACACAGUAGCUAACCAAAACCAAUGAUAGGUUUUUGCAACACCAGAAACGACCAUUCAAAAUGAUGAUAAUUUGACUGUGAUAAUGAAAUAAUGAUGGCUUGUUGGUGUCAAAAGUGGUGAUGGUGGAGGCAUUUGUGUUAACGGUGGUGUUGAUCAUUAAUGAUGAUGAUGAUGAUGAUGAUGAUGAUGAUGAUGAUGAUGGUCGCCAGUGUUGAUCUUGAUGAUGGUGGCGGCGUUGUGGUUAUUUUGUUGAGGUGGUGAUGGCGGUGGUGGUGGUGGUGGUGGUGGUGGUGAUAAUGAUGGUAGCAGUGAUGAUGAAGAUGAUGGUAGUUAUGGAGAUGAUGGCAUCGUUGAAGAUGACGAUGGUGGUGGCGAUAGCAGUUGUGGUGAUGAGGGCGGUAAUGAUUAUGAUGAUGAUGAUGAUAGUAAUGAUGAUCGCAAUAACGGAAGUGUGGAUGGAGAGUGUGGUAGUCGUGGUAGUAACGGCGGUGGUGAUGAUGGCAGUAGGUGCGUUAACUUGUGUUGUUAAUGGUAGAAGCUGAGUUUCACUCUCUCAUUUCAGGUGUGUUUGGAAGGCGACAUUUCCAAGUCUUCCAUCAUGAACAGUCUGUCACGUGGCAAAAGAGCAUCUGGUGAUCUGAUACCUUGGACAGUGUCACAGCAGUUCAAUGAUCAUGACUUCGCCGGUCUUUCUGGGGGAAGAAUUGUUCGAAUUGCCACCCAUCCUGACUUCCAAGGGGUAUGCCUACUUAAAAUUGUUCCACCACUGAUUUUCUCCCCAUUUUCUACCUUAUUGUGUUCGUCAUUCUCCUGAACUUGUUGCCCGAAAAGACUUGGGUAGAAAAUUGUGGUAGUGUAAAAUAGUGUACAUUUUUCCUUGUAUUAUUUCCUCUAACUAAACAUUAUAUAACAGCAUAAAGGUGCAGGGCAGUAGCUUUUGAAAGUUUUCCUAUUUUCGUACCACAUGCAGAGGUUCAAUGGUUUACCCAUCUAAUUUGGGCUUACGGAUAAUCGCAAGAAACCGUCGUUUCCGUUGGCUUAAAAGUCAAUGUUCGACAAUCCACGUCCACGAACUUAUGACCUUCAAUAAAAACUAGUUAAUUAGAACAAAUUGAUGAAGCAUAAUAAAGUCGAUAAACAACAUUCACGGCAAACGCUGCGUAACACGGAGAAAAUCCGAUCGUAAUUUCCAAAAAACGUUUGAGAACUUUCCUCUUGAUGAUUGGCGUGGCUACAUCAAACUCUUCAAAGAGAGUUUCAUCGCUAACUAGUAAGGUUUAAGUGGAUUUUAAAAUCCACGCCUUUUCAUCCCUCCUCCCCCCCCAGACAGACACACACACCCACACCCCGCCUCUCCAUCAGUACUCCGUCUUACGGGUGUUUAAAGCAAGUUAAAGCUACUCGGAAAGGAAAGAAGACGAAAGAAGGAUUUGAGGUCACACCUGGGAAUCGAACUCGGGACUUCACGCACAGAAUGCCGCGCACCAGCCGACUGCGCUAAUCCUUCCUCCUAAUAUGGUGCUUUAAUAAGCAACGACGACGACGACGACGGCAACAAUUAAGAACGGCAAAGAAAAUAGGUUUAGAUUCAAUUUGGCAAAACAACAACUUUGCACGUGCAUCACGCUUUUUUUGUACCUUUCUUUGCCGUAAUUGCACGACUACAGCAAUGAAAUUAGAGGUUUUUAGGAGGUGCGUACCAUUCCCGACUACCACCUGAAACUGCCUUAUUUCAAGUUUUGUAUAGGACGUGAACACAAGACAACGACUUUCUUUUUCUUUUCCUGAACUUCGAUACAGUCCUUUAGAAUUCAACUCCAGAAAAAUUUGCCAACAUUUGACGAAUUGAACGAGAUGGAAUAAGCGCGAUAAGUUUGAAGCAGCGCGAAUUCUCUUUUUAAGUGACGUUUUUGUAGCCGUCGUCGUCGUUGGUGCUUAAGCUCCUUAAUAUCACAUAAAACAUCCUUUCUCGUGUUGAUAGAGUACUAUCUUGUGAUAAAUGCCAUCACUGGAUACUGUAUUACAGUAGUAAUCAUAACUAUGACAAAAUUCUCAAAUCUGAUUGGUUCUCAACUGCCCUGAUUUCAGCCUUAAUAGGACAGUUUGAUAGGACAGUACGCGUCAUGCCUAAGUAAUUGGACAGUACGCGCCAUCACGCGCGCGCUUAAAUGGCUUUUUUGUUUUCAUUGCUAGCGAAAAAAUCGUGGAAUUUCUUGUGUUUUGAUUUAAAAAGAGCCCUAUAUAUCUCGUGAUUAAACAAAUCGGACUCCCGCUACGCGGUCGUCCGAUUUUGUUAAUCACUCGUAUGAUUACAGACCGAAUUGGACUGCACUCAGUCCUGUUACCAUUACAAACGACACUGAGAUUCCAUUCGCUGACUCAAAAGCACUAUUUUAACAAAUUCAAUGCUGGCAUUUUCCGUUUUCGUCACAGAUGGGAUAUGGUCGACGAGCAAUGAACCUCCUUAUUCAGUAUUAUGAAGGAAAUAUUCCCAGUUUAGCUGAGGAGAGUAAAGAGGAAAGGCAAAUUCCAACAUUAACUGAGGACGAGGAUUUUGGUUUGCUCAAAGAGGUCAUAUCCCCCAAAAGCAAUCUACCACCUCUGUUGUUAAAACUGAGUGAAAGACCUGCCGAACAACUUGACUACCUUGGGGUGUCAUAUGGCCUGACAGGGCAACUGCUUAGGUAAUCGUAUAACGUGCAGUAAACCGAAGAAAUAGAGCUUAUACAUGACUUAUAAGACAAAACACUAAGGGUGCGUUGGAUUGAUCGUAUUCACGAAUAAGAAUACGCAAACGUUUUGUUACAAAUCCCUUUUAUCGUGAUUUUUGGACUGCUUAAACGCUACAUACAUCGGAAUAUUUUAUUUCAAGUAGAUUUCUAGAUAUUGCAAUGCUCUGAAUGCCAAAAUAAGUGAUUUCUGGAGUUUAUUCCAUCUAUUCUUAUCACAGAAUACGACACAAUCGUUAUCAUUGGAGAGAUUUACAGUCACUUUUAAGGUAAACAACAAACGGCCAUUUGUACCACGUGACCAAGUUUUCCAUUGAUAGAUUUGGGAAAGACAACGGGACAACAUUGAAGACAACGCGCGCAGAUCUAAAAACCGAAAUGACCAAUGGCAGAGCGGGAUCGGAAGUCGCGUCCAGUCCUUUCCGCACGCUUUCGCGUUCUCAUUUACCAUUGCAUCAUUAUCGAUCAUCUUUGUCGUGUUUUUUACCAUCAGCUACCCCUUCCUUGAAAUUCAAAUUACAAACUGUGUCACGUGUUGUAGACAUACAGUGUACUAGAAAACCAGUUCAGAGACGUAAACACAAAAAAAACGUCGUUGAAGUUUUAUGCAUUAAAGUAUCGUGCCAUUCAUCUUGGUAAAUAGAAAUUGAUCAAUUUUAUGUCGUACCCAGUACACGAGAUAUUUGAUCAACUGCAACGUAAUGAAGAAAAUCAAAGCUAAAAAAAAUGGCAGUUGUGCUAGCCACAACAUUUGUUUUACUCGCUUCUUUCCAAGUUAUGACGGAGGAUUGAAAAAAAUGCGUUUUGAUUUUUUUUGUUAUAGAUUUUGGAAGAAAUCAGACUUUGUUCCAGUCUACUUGCGGCAAACUCCGGUAGGUUAAUAGCUUUGAUACGUAAGGUCGGUGAAAGUCAUUAAGAAGAAGGUGAAAGUGAGGGAAUUAUCAUCAUUCAAAUAUAGCUCGCAUUAAACGUAGUGCUACUGCCAUGUCAAACUCAAUUCAUUUAUUAUAAAUGCGUUCAACUAAGAAGAAAACGUUUUAAAGGUUAAGGUCUAUGCUUUGUUUUCGACGACAACUACUUAAUUAGACUGAAUUUAAUUGGACGUCUGAAACCAAGUCACGCUACAAUCUCGCUACAGUCCUGCUAAAGUCGAUCCAGCUUCGCAUUGCAGUAUCGCGACGUUUGAAACAGGCCCAAGUGGCAACCCUUAACUUAUUGAACGAUUAUUUUCUGCUUUGAGGCAGAGUUUUUGUAAGUUUUAUAUUCACUGUAUUCUUAUUUGUAGAAUGAUUUGACAGGCGAACAUUCUUGUAUUAUGCUGAGACUUCUCAAUGACUCAGAAGAGGCCUCUAGGGAGAACUGGCUUCAAGCCUAUAUGGCAGGUAAAUUGAAAAAGAGUACCUAGUAUAUACUGCUACAAUGAGUCGAGUAUAAUGGAUGAUUAUCCACUUACAACGUUGAACUGUGUUUAUCAACGGCAUAAGGGAAAGUCAAGUGCGCAAGUCCGUGAUGUACGUUACAACAGCGCAUAGUUCCAUGAUGUAAGCCCAGCAACAGAAUCUUGCAAUAAACAGCUUCUUGAGUAAGAUUUCUUUGUUAAAAGAAGUUGCGUUUUUGUGUUUUCGUGUGAAGUUUCCUUUUUGCGCAUUUCAAACGCACUUUCGGUCAGGGACUGUAGGCUUUUAAAGCACGUGAAAGUUGAACGGGAUUCGAACCCAUGACCUCUGCGGUACCGCAACAGUGCUCUCAGUACCGAGCUAUCAAGCCAAUUGGGGACUAGGAGCUGUAUGCCACAUGACUUCGUAAUGUUCCAAUAAGAGGUGGAGAUAUUAAAGAUGAUGUUCUUUUACGUGAUCGAUGAUCUCUCACGUGUUAGAUCGUUCUCCUUCAGUUUACGUAUAUGAAAUUUUUUAUGGUAAUUUCGCAGUUAAGAUUUUGUUGGGGAAUAGUUUAAUUAGCUUUCAAGGAUGUGAAUAAUUAACAACUAUUGGACGAGGCUGAGUAUCAUCUGAAGAAUUAUGGAGAUUGAGGAGGGUGUUAUCCGCCGAGGCCGAUUAACACCCGCGGAGAUCUCCAUAAUUCUUCAGAUGAUACGAAAGCCGAAUUCAAUAAUUGUUUUAUUAUUCAUUCAAAAUAAUUUCUAGUUUAAAAACAAGCUAAAACAUGCUUACCUCCAUCGAUGUUAAAUUCAUCUUCAAUUACCUGUUUAUCGGCUAGUUUAGAAGAUGAAGGGUUGUUCAGUACUGCAAAUAUUCUCCAAAUAGCAGAUGUCGUCCCUCGAGUUGUCUUCAUGCUGUUUUUGCUAUGUAUUUAGCCAAUAGUUCGCUAUUGCUUCCUCGUGAAGUGAGUGAAAUGUUCCGCCAUAUUGUACUCACUACCAAAACAACUCAACCGCAUCCCCAGGUCUUCUCAGUUAACUGUUCAAUAAUCUGGCAAUUUUGCUGCACAAUUGACGUUAUUUUUCACAUACCGCAAAAUUCUUUCAAAUUUGGUCGACAGUAGCUGGUUAUGACGAAUUAUGCGUGGGAUUUUAGCCAAUCAGAAACUGAGAAAUAUUUUGAAUGAAUAAUAACUCGUUUCAUUUGAUUAUUUACGUGUAAUGAAGUACUUUUAUAUGCCUGUUUAUUUUACCUUUUGUCCAGACUUCCGCAGAAGGUUCCUGUCGCUUCUUUCCUACCAGUUUCGCAGUUUUCAUCCAUCACUGGCGUUGAGUAUCCUGAAGAAUAAGAGCGUCAAAGAAGAGAAGAAAGGUUAGGAUGACCAUCAGUAUGCCGCACUGGACUCGAUGCUGUUGCCCCGUUAGCUCUAAUGUGGAAGAGAUAAAGAACACUCCCUUCUUCAAGUUCUUCAAAUGUUUCUCACCGCGACUUGAAAGGCAGCCGGGGCUGAAUGUUAGUUUGCGAGCAAGCUCUCUGGGGGCGAGGGACAGCACCCGGGAUUCAGCUAAAGGAAUCCGGAAUCCCGCUAGCUCUCCGGGGAGGCUCUGGGGACGGGGGACAGCGCCCGGGAUUCUGCUAAAGGAAUCCGGAAUCACGGUAGCUCUCCGGGGUUGCCUGGGGGCGGGAACAGCGGUAUUCAGCUACAGGAAUCCACAAUCCCGCGAGCUCCCCGGGGGGCUCUAGGAACGGGGGACAGCACCCGGGAUUCAGCUACAGGAAUACGGAAUUACGUUAGCUCUCGGUGGGGGGGGGGCUCUGUGGACGGGAGACAGCACCCGGGAUGCAGCUAAAGGAAUCUGGAAUCCCUCUAGCUCUUUGAGGGACUCUGGAGGUGGGGGACAGGAAUAGAGCCCGCCAGAGAGCUUUCUCGCAGGCUAGCUGAAUGUAUUUCACCAUGACUAAAUAAAGACUAUUGUCAAAUGGGAAAAGUAGUUGAACCACUGGAAGAAAGGAUUCUCACUGUGAAUGCUUUUUAGGUUUAACAAAAGGAGACUUAGAAGCAGUACUUACGACGUACGACAUUAAAAGACUGGAUCUUUAUUCACGCAACAUGGUGGACUAUCAUCUUAUUACAGAUCUACUCCCAGCAGGUAAGAGAUUAAGAAUGUAUAAAUUGUCUGGUUUGCCACACUAAUUACAAAAAAUAUAGGAAAAGAAGAAGAAGAAAUAAAAAAAAAAAAGAAGUGGCGAGGAGACCUAACAGAAACUAUAGGAGCUUAUGAGAGGUUAGGCCUCCUCGAACUAUGAGCUAGAGCUGUUUCACAUCAAUUGAAGAGAAGAAGGCUCAUACUAAGGCAAUGUGUCCCCGUGCAUUCUUUCGCAUCGUCAGUUUCUCAACUUUGUAAAGGGAUGUAAACAGAUGGUUAUUUAAUCCUGCCAACACUACUGAGCUAUACACCGCUAUUCUGAGUUAUGCACUUCUCUGAAGAGAUUUACAAUUGCGCUGAGAUAUACUGAGCUAGACGUUGUUAUACAGAGCUGCAGACCGCUUUCAUGGGCUGCUGAUAGCUAUCCCUGCCUAUACACGUCUAUACUGACAGAGUACUUUAUUGUACACAACAAUACACAGCUUUUUCAUAUGACUGCUUCCGCGAGAGGGCAAGGUGGAGCGAAUCCUGAGUUCUGAUUGGCUACCUGAGCGGGAGAGAUAGGCUCAUCUUGCCCGCUUGGGAUUUUCAGUGUAAGAAAAAAAAAAGAUCUUUUGGCCAUGUAGUUAACCCUCUAUCAACCAAGCCUCAUUCUUGUUUUUUUCUUUGUGUUUUUAUGGAUUUUCUGUCUGUCUCGGUCCACUAAAAUACAAAAAUAAGAACUUGGCCAAUACCCAGCCAUCAUGACUUCACGCUUGGUCAAGAAUGCAUAUAUACCAAACCGUACACCGCUAUCCCGAGCCGCGGGCCACUAUACCAAGCUUUCCACCGCUUUGUUUAGCAACGUUGUCAGUGGCAGCGUCUUUCUCAGUCUUUCUGUCACACUCUCUUGGUUGGGGAGUUUAAAGACCCUUCAGAGGAGGUUGUUUAGUGCAUUGUGCACCGCUUAAAGGGGCUGUACACAGCUUUUCUAAGUUCACAGUUAUAUGAAGCUGUACACAACACUCGCUUAUUAUCACUGGUAAAAGUUUUAAAAAGCGUCAUAAUAAAAAGAGUAUUGCGAGGAAGUACACUGUAACGGAAAGUGAAAUUACUUCCUCUAAACUAAUCACCCCAUAUUUCUUGCCUUCACAGUUUCUAGGCUCUUUUUCCUUCAGAAGCUGGACUUUGAUCUUUCUGCCGUGCAGUCCGUAAGUUGCCUAACUCACAUAUAACUUAACUUUAAGAAAAAAACUGUAGAAACACCUCUUACUUAACUUGUUCCUUCCCCUCCAUCGUCCCUUUGUCAGCUUUGUGUUUUUUUUGUGUGUAUUUUCUUUAUCUCUUUUUUUUUAUACCUUAUUCCUUCCUAUUAUUGUUACUCUGCCUUCGCCGUUCAUUUAAAUAAUAUCAAGUUUAUCUUUUGUAAUUAAAUAAUAGGGAAAUCCCACGUUAUAUAUGCCUAAUGGUUCCUUUGGGCUUUCUUGCCAUAUUCUAACGGAUUGCUGUAGUUUAUUACUAUGUCAUGAUAAGGUGGUGGAAUAAAAAGAAAAUUUCCAUUGCCAUUGACUUCAGUGUCUGAUCUCCUCUGCUGAGUUCCUUCUCUACUGUUUCACUUGCUAAUUAUUUCUUUCUUUUGAACAGGCUCUUCUACUCGGUCUUGGACUACAACACAAGACUAUAGAAACCCUUGAGGUACUUAUAAGAUCUUAAUUCAAAUUAUCACGAUCAAUUUCAACAUAUAACAUAUUUUUCCUGUGUGUGCUUCUUGUAGAAAGAAUUAGAAUUGCCUUCUUCGCAGCUACUUGGUCUCUUCAACAGAACAAUAAGGAAAGUUGUACAGGUAAGAACUGAUGUUCCUGUUGUGUUCUUUAUUGUGUGUCAGUGGGCUUCACAUAGCCUUCGAGCCGAGAGAGAACGCGCGUGCGAGCCGCCCCUCGCCCUGCCUCUCGUCUCCUUUCGCGUGCUACUCUCGCGUGACCUCUCGUGGCUCCCCCAGAUGGAGAGCUCUCUCGCUGGCUAGAAAGCAGCCUACAUUUCGCCGAACCAAUAACGAGGUUUCCCGCGAGAUGGCGUCUCAGGAAACUAGCGCAGAAAUUCCAUUCUGAUGACGUGUCACUACCCAGAUGUAGGCCUUAUUGAUACUUUUUAACAAUAAGUAAUGUUUAGACAUCACGGCUGGCUAAAUUCAAGACGGUUUACAAUGCCAUUUUGUUAAACACCGUCUAAAUUCUGCCGACCUCUCUUGGAUGGCUCACUUCUGGCUUAAAUUUUUGUUUGCAGUGUUUUAACGCAAUUCUAGAAUCCGCCUUUGAAAGUCAAGUUACGAAGUCAAAAGAAGUAACAAUGGAACCAUUAGCUCAAGGACUCCAAGAAGAUCUGGUGAGUGCUUUCCACCCCAGCCGAGUUCACUAUACAAAAAUAGUAACAUAUGCGACCCUGUUAAUUUAAAUCAAGGCUUUGUUACGCCGCGGCUUUAGACAGUCAAUAGACCUCAGUCCCGGUUUGUUAAUAGGCUGUUUAUUUGAACUAGUAAAUGGUCUUGAAGUCUGCACUUUUUGCCUUGUUGACAAGGUUAAGAGAAGACUUAACCACCCGUAGGGAUAUUAGAAACGAGAACAUAUCUUCCUCACCAGCGUUUCUCGCCGACUUCACUGCAGUCUGAAAAAUCCCGCGGUAAUAAUGCCCGCUCUCCUACAAGAGAAUCUGCUCGUAUGUCCUCCGCAGCGGCCAACUGGGAAGAGGAGAACAGUAAGGGGGCUGGGGACGAUCAUCGUCCACCGUGCGCUUUUUGUUUUACAUAUCUCUGUUUCCUCUGCAGAGUUUGGCACUAUGGUACUGCAAAUUUAAUAUUAUAUAAUUUUAUUUAUUAAUUUUGUUUUAUUUUUAAAUACCUAUUUUUCAACAGGAAGAAGCAGCAAAGGAAAUGAAAGAGAAACAGCAGAAAGAAUUGGAGAAGCUUAAACAUCUUGACCUCAGCGAGUAGGUUUACGUCCUUUCUUCAGUAAAACCCUUAUUUUUGACGAAACCCCGAAAUAAACAGUGGAAUUCUUUUUCCCAGUUAUUGGCCGUUUUGAGGCGCUUGGGACUGGGUCGGUGUUGUAUCGCAUUGCAUUAUGGUACUGUCUUAAGGGACGGGUGUUUUUUGGACCCAGUUUCCGUCGCAACUUCGUAAUGGCCGAUGAAAGAAGAAAUAGCAUUUCGGCUCCACCACGCAGUACAACAUGAAUCGAAAAUCAUUAGGCUUAUUUUGGCUGUUUCGGACGAGGACCAAGUAAUAUAAAAAUACGUUAUACUACAACUUCUAUUACAUUCAAAAAUGUCGUAGAUAAACUAGACCAGAGCUGAGCGACAGUUAACAGAGAAUACUGUCAGAACGGAGGCCGGAAAAAAACCCAGUAGGGAAAAAACUGGGUUAGGAUCCGUGGCUCUUGCUCUGAAAAGCCCAUCCUACGAAGGCUGCACGGUUCAAACGUACUUCCAGCAAAGCACUAUGAACUCAAACGCGAAACUCGAUCUGUCACUUAGUAAAUUAAAUAUAUAUAAAAAGUAAAUGAAUAAAAAUUAACGUGGGCUAAACAAAGUGCCGCCCAGAAUGCUUCCCACAUGAUAUAAAGCAUCUCUUUUAUAGCAGUCCAUUCUACUCAUGCUGCACUUGAACUGCCCCUGUCCCCACUGCUCCCGUGCCGCAGAAAUAUUUCAUUUUCGGCUAAUUCGUGUUCACUCAAACGCCGGAAAUACCAUGUCCCUAAAACAGCCCCCUAUUCAAUUUCGAAGCAACACCGACUUGGUCUCGCGGGCAAUCUGAAAUUGGCGAAUAGUGACACGUACGGAACAGCAUUCCGAUGCAAUAUGUACCCCCGUUAUAACUGACAGAAAGGUCACGAUACGAAACAUUUAUGAUUCCCAUCGCAUGUGGGUACCCUAGACUGUGCAGCUAAAUAAAUUGAUAAGUAAAGGAAGCUUGCCUUAAUAGACUUCUUAAACUUGUUGUUUUUUUCAAUAAAGGUUUUGGGUUAAUUUCCCAUUUGUCUUUUCGUAAAUUAUUAAAGCGUACAUAUUUACGCGAAUGAGACGAAAUUUGAAUGAAACAGUUCUCUAGAGUAAUGUCACAUGACCUGCAAUGGGAAAACAAAAAGCAGGCUUUCGGGGGGUGGGGAUGGGCAGAGGUAAGUGGCGUUUCCUUCCCCCUCCCCCGAGAGCUUGGUACCAAGCUUAAAAAAAGUCACCUGAUUUCUAGUGAUUUUAUCUUGCUGUCGGUUUUUCCUUAGGUUUGCGAUAUCAGGAAAAGAAGAAGACUGGCAGGAGGCUUUGAGCAGUGGCAAGAGUAACGUGAAUGUUAUUAGUGUGACAAGCACCAAGAGAAAGGCACAGUCAUCUGAAGAACAAACCAAAACGUACAAGAAACAUAAGAAACACAAGACCAAACACAAGACUGGGUGAACGGCAUUUGCUCAUCUAUACAUUAAAGCUUGCUAGCUUGCUUCUCUUCAAGGCCUUUAGAAUUACAACAACAAAAAAGGAAAGGAUUUCG